CUUCAUCCGGGCCUUUGGCUAUCUACUAAUCUAUGCUUAUGAUGCCUAAUAAGCUGAAAGACCGAUUCCUUGGAAAACUGUCAACCGGUCGUGAAUACGGAUGAAACAAUCAAAAAGAAGUAUCGAACAUCGUUCGGAUAUCAAGUGUUUUCUACUUUUUCAUCGACUAUUUUGAUAUAUUGGUCAACGCGCUAUAGUCGCACAACAAACGAAUUUCCAACGAAUUUCCGACGAAUUUACUCGAUUGUCAUAUUGAUCGCGUGCCGGACACGUGGUGUCCGGUCAUCGUCUUCGUCGGCAUGGAACCCAGGAAUACGGCGAUGCUGGAAUCUUCCGGCGAGGAUGCCAUACUAAUCGAGACUGUGAAAAGUAUAGUGACGCAGCGGGAACGCAACGAGUCGGGGACUGAGGAUGAUUUCUUCCUGGUAUCGCAGGACCAGGGCGAGCGAUACUCCGGCGAGAAUGUCGAGGAAACGACAUCCCACAAGCACGAAACGAAGGAAGUCCUCACGUGGAUACACCUCUGCAGGACAUGCGCCAAUACGUGCGAUAAUCUAAUACCUAUCUUUGAGGGCGAAGGAGCGGAGCACGACUUGUCUAAUAAAAUACUCAAAUACUUACCAAUACACAUAUCUGACAACGAUACUCUGCCAUUGCAACUGUGUCAUAAAUGUGCAGGCAUAUUGUUGGCUUGGCAUGAAUUAAGCGAGGGAUGUCUAAGUGCAGAGAAGAAACUACUGAAGCUGCAGGAAACAUUAGAAAAUAAGCAACAGGAUUAUCCUGCAUCUUUAGCUAAUUUUGAAGUUUCUACAUUGGUUACAACAACAACUCCAACCAUUGUGUCAAACACGACAAACUCACAACCUGAUCAGCAAAUUGACACAAAAAAUGGGGCACAUGACAUAGAAGAAAUUAAUAAAUCUAACAGGUGUGAGACAACGGCAACGAAGAAAUCUUUCGUGAUAUGCCGCUCUCGUAGCGCUGCUCUAUGGGCAAAUAAUAUUACGAUAAAAUAUGAAAAAAAUCCGGCGAGAAGCACGUUGAUUCCAGAGAUUGCUAGAGAACCCUCAAAAAACGAAACACACAAUUUACUGGAUAAUAGCAAUCUUGUAAGAUACAACGAAAAAGCAGAUUCAAAUACCUUAAAAUAUCAAUCAAUAGUCCUACCAUCGACAAGUGAAUCUGUAAAAAAGGGCUACACUUGUGAUAACUGUCAACGUGUCUUCACACAAAAAUAUCAUCUUAUACGUCAUGUGAUGAUUUGUAAUGCAACCAACAAAGAAGAUUCAUCAGGAAUUAAAAUGAUAAAUGAUAAGAGGAAAACAGAUUAUAAUUUGAUGAGUCAAAAUAAUUUCAAUCAUCUAAUGGAAAACAUCAAGAAUAGAAAUAAUGAUGAAGAUCAAAAUCGGGUUUCAUCAACAAAAUUUCCGAAAAAACGAUCAGAAACUUACUCCUGCGAGUAUUGCGAACAUACUGCGAAAAAAAGAAAGCUAUUAAACGCCCAUAUAAGGGAGAUGCAUCCUGAAUUUAUAAAAAGGAAUCGAAAGUCAUUUGUCGCUACAGAGACGGUACUACGUGCUAAAAUGGAGCACAACGGUAAGAUGUAUUAUCAUUGUAGCGAAUGUGGAAAAAAUCUGAAUUCACCAUAUACCUUCUACUGGCACUUACGCAUUCACACGGGCGAGCGAUUGUUCACUUGCCACUUAUGCGGCAAGCGGUUUCGCGUAAAUCAAGGCCUGGCCCGACAUCUGAAAGAGACCCACGCCGGCAUCAAGAAAAUACCAUGCGAUCUAUGCGGCCGUAUGUUUUCGACGCGACGCAAUGUCGAGGAUCAUAGACGCAUCCAUACUGGCGAGCGGCCAUAUGUUUGCAACGUAUGCGGUAAAACGUUCAAGCAAAAGGCCUCCCUGUUUGUGCAUAAUCGAACGCACUCGGACGUGUUUCCGUUCAAAUGCAGCUAUUGCGGACAAACCUUUCGCACGCGACCGCCGUUGAUGGUGCAUAUUACCAAACAUACUGGUGAGAAGCCGCAUGCCUGUGAUAUCUGCGGCCGUCGCUUUCGUAUCAAGUACGAAUUGAAGCGACACUGUCUGAUUCAUUCUGACGAGAAACCUUGGCGUUGUACCGAUUGCAGUCUCUCAUUUCGACAGAAACGUUACUUAGUUAAUCAUAAAAGACUCAAUCAUGAACCACCACGCUGCUCGGCCGCCGCGAAGUAA